UGAGCGAAACGUGUGAUUUACAUGGGUAAAUUAGUAGGCUCAACAAUCUUUGGUGUUAUUGUAGCCUAUAUAUGAAAGCAAUUUAUAUAGCUAGAAACGGGGUUGCCACCCGCCAUAAAACUCAAAAAAGAAGAAGGAUUAACAACCUGAAUGCUUACUUAUUGAAACGAGGAUGCUUCUGUUUUGUCCAACUUGUGGGAAUGUGCUGAUUGUGGAGGAGGGACAGAGAUGCUACAGGUUCGCCUGCAACACAUGUCCUUACGUGCACAAUAUUACUAGAAAGGUAAACAACAGAAAAUAUCCAAAGCUAAAAGAGGUUGAUGACGUGCUUGGAGGAGCUGCAGCAUGGGAAAAUGUUGAUUCCACGGCAGAAAAAUGUCCAAAGUGUGAACAUCCAAGGGCUUACUUCAUGCAGAUCCAAACUAGAUCAGCUGAUGAACCAAUGACCACCUUCUACAAAUGUUGUAAUGCUCAGUGCGGACAUAGGUGGAGAGAUUAACAUACAAAGUCUUGUUAAAGUACAGGGAAAACUAUUAUUAAAAUUAUUUUAAUGUAAAUACAACUAAUAAUGAAUGUCAUUUAUUCAAUAAAAUAUUCACAAAAGUUAUGGUCUAGAUGUGAUUUGCUUCAGUAGCUGAAAAAUUGAGUCAGAUAAUGUAAGAACGUGUUUUUGCAUUAGAUAUGAGGCAUUUUGUGUGAGCAAUAGUUGGAUUUGUGUGUAUGUUACAGUAUGUUUACCUACCUGAGUUUUACUUGUAUUAAACUUAAGUGAUAUUGGUCACAUUUACCUUUAAGCUUACUGAUUUAAUAAAUUGUUAAUUC